UUUUCUAUCCCCGCUCGUCGCCCGUGAUGUAGUAACUCCCAGACAAAACAAGUUAAAUCAUUCCCUUGGCAGAAACAAAAUGAUUUGUCCACGGACGCAAAACAAUGGAGCAAGUCUUUAAAGAUUCUGCUUUUCGUACGCUGGAGCUAGUCCGUGGUUCUCAACAUUUUUCUGAAACAACCCCGACAGUUUGGAUACAAGGAGAUACUUGGCCAUCGUUUGGUGAAAUUGUGACAAGAUAUCCUCUGUGUGGUGCUUCUAAACUGCGCGUGUUUGUGGAUUGUUUCGAGGGAAAAUCGAAUUUGACCUAUGGAUUGAUCUCUCCGCAAAGCAGGAAACUGCAGAUGUUGGGUGUUCAGAAUGGAGAACAUCUUCGACUGACUGGAAAACUGUGGGGAUGGAGCAGCCAACAGAAGCAAAUCUUUAAGAAAACAUUCGACUCUAAGACAAGUUUUGCUGCUUCUUCGCAAAUAACACAUUUCUACAACAGAGACAUCAGAAACGGAAGUGUCUUGUGCAUUUACCGUGACUUAAAGAGCAACCGCGUCCACUUUGAUAUCAAUGGAGAGGAAGGAUGGGUCAGUUUUAGCCGAAGUGAACCAGACUUCUGGUAUGGUUACAUUCGCUUGAGUUCCACCGGAAGCGGAAGUAAAAUUCAAGUCACACUGGUUCCGGAAGAAGAUCUAGCUUACUUUGAUCCAAGACUUCCAAUCGCUAUAACACCAGUACAGCAAGAGCCAACAGAUGUGGAAGACACUGGAAUUUCAGCUCAAUUUUGCCUCCCCGUGGAGAGAAUAGCGCAAGCAAUGCAUGCAGCGCUUUGUAGGGUUGUCCCGGACCCCGAAGCAAUACUACUUUGCCAGGGACCAGCGGAAACACCUUGGCUGAGCCACCACUACGUGAUGCACACAUCUCGUCCGCGUGGACUUUGCCUUCUGAUAAACAACGUUCCAAAUUUAGCGGUGGGAGAAGAGCAGCUCAAGGGCUUGUUUAAGUUCCUUUCCUUUGAUGUGCUAAUUGAAAGAGAUCUUCAAAGGGACGAGAUCUAUAAUUUAGCUAAGGAAUUUGCAAAGAAAGAUCAUACUUACUUUGACACAUUUGUUGUUAUUUUCCUGUCUUUUUCUGGCCGGUGCAGUGAAAUAUCUUGUCCUGAUGGUAGAAACGCAAGCCUUGAGCAUGUUAUGGUGGAGUUCACAGCAUCAAGGUGUCCCUCCCUCCGGGGUAAACCCAAGUUAUUUUUUGUUCAGCGUGUUAAAGGGAUACCUUCAAGGGUCGACAAUGAGUGCUCAAUCUUCGCAAGCAGAAGCUUUACAGAAAAGGAUACCGUCAGGUUGCUUUGCAUUUUCACCAGCCAGUGA